GGCGUUAGACACUCGAACUAAAAUCAUGAAACCAUGGAUUCAAGUGCCCAUAAUAGGUUCCCGCCGUCUUCGUGCCAAUGAGCGACUCUCCUCGAUUAUUAGUACGAAAUAUAGGACUCCUUCAAGCGCCGAGGCACUUCGAACAACCUGUGUCCAGGCCAAAACAGACAAGCGCGCGAUGCGUUCCUCACAUGAUCAGUCAGAAGGUCUGGCUGAGUCCAAUAUCAUGGGAAGGAGGUCAUGAUACAAAAGCAGGCCUUUCCGAUUUCAAGUCAAUCGCUUUUCAUCGACAUACUCCACUACGACUUUAACACCAACCUGUCUCUCAUAACUUGCUCGACAACUGGAUUGUCAAGGACUUCAUUCGUUACAAUCUCUCUUCUCUCACUUCAAUUUAAUUCAACCAAGCCAGCAUUUGGCCACCUAAUUAAGCCCCUCCGACAACCUCCAACAUCUCCAAUAUCUCCAACAAGUACAAUAACAAUGAGACUCACUUCGAUCGCGGCGGUGCUCCUCACGGUCUUGGGUGUGGUUCAUACUCUCCCGUUCCAGGUCGGUGACGGCUUCAACGCGGCGCCUGAGACAUCCAUUUGUACUUCUGGUUCAUGGACCUCCAAUGGCUGCCUGAGCUCCGACGAUAUCCCCCGGGAGGCGGCCGUUCAGGACGACUCCAGUCAACCAAAAUCUCCCCUUUCAUAAACUUCCAGACCCACGCUAUUGAGCAACAAUCUUCGUACCCUUGAGACAGUAUUCUCUGCAUCAGAAUGAGGUCCGCGCGAUGCUCAUGAGAGAAAUUGCCCAAAGGUAUAAAGGAGAUCAUGACCCUUUGAACAAAAUCGCGAGACGAUUUCAGUUCAUGGAAUGAUUGUUGAAUCACGCUCGUAAGGGUAUUCGUGCGGUUUCUGGUUCGC